AUGGUCAUGCCCACGAGACAUCACGGCGGAGCAGCAGGGAGUACAGCUGACGGAUGGACCGCUGCUACCCUGUCUUGGCUGUUCGAUGUCCAAGGGACAGGUGAAACCGUCCAGAAGAGCACGAACACACGCGCACUGCUACCUCUCGCAGAUGACGAGGAGGGCGGGGAGGGCGAGAGCAGAGCGGAUGCAUCACGCCAAGGUUGGGGGGGGGAGAGAGACUCAGAGAGUGAGUCCGACCUCGACGUGAUGGAGGCUCGUGGGCCAGGGCAAGCGACGCCGUUUGUGCGCGAGGAGGCGCCGACGGCACCCGGCAACGGGAUUCCGGGGGACGGAGGCAGCGUUCCCCCGUCGCUCCCUCCGGGAAGGGGCGACUUCGGCGAAGGCAGUGACAGCCCCACCGACAGCAGCAGCAGCAGCAGUGACGCCGGCGGUGCCGGCGGCCCGGGCGGCGAAGAGUCCGGCGACCCAGGUGGGGACAGCGCCGACGACCGCUACCCCCGCGGGCUAGAAGGGAAGAAACUCCUCUGGGGCGCCUCGAACGCUGGCCCGCUGCGCCAUGGGCUUGAGAGUGGCCGCACGCGGAAGCAGACCCGGGAGAUGCAAGGUGCCGGGGAGAUGCCGGGGCCCGGAGAAACACCGGACCCGGAAGAGGCAUUGCUGGCGACCAUCCUGGAAACUGGCGGGACGGGGAUUGUUGAGGACUACAUCUGCAACUCGCUUGUGAAGGAGCAGUGGGACGAGGAGCAGACACGCCGUAUGGAGGAGAUGUACAGGCGCGAGAUGCAGGAGGUGUUGGGCCCGGAACAGCAGGCGUUCGGGGCCGAGGUCGACGCCAGCGGGUCUUCGCAACCACUCCCAGACCCACAGCUAAGUAUGACCUCGCCAAUCGGGCAGAAGCCGAGUGAUGUGGAAGCAGUACCGAUGACGUACAGGGAUGUGAUGUGUUCUAAGUACAAGGUUUUCUGGGAGGCGGCCAUGAAGAAAGAGAUAGAUGGCCACGACAAGACUGGAACCUUUACCAAGGUCAAGGAGCUGCCCGAGGGGCGGAAGGCCAUAGGUUCAAAGUGGGUGUUCUCUUGGAAGACGAAUGAGAAGGGCCUGAUAGUCGACUUCAAGGCCCGUAUGGUUGCGCGGGGUUUCUCUCAAAUCCCCGGCAUCGACUUCUACCACUCAUCCUCAGCAUGCCCGUCUGCAGCGUCUAUCAAGACGGCGAUUGCCGUAGCCACUGAAAAGGGCAAGAAACAUGCUCACUGGGAUGUGAAGCAAGCGUACAUCCACGCUAAGCAAAAAGAAGAAAUAUACCUCAGGCGUUCUACGACCGGGCUAGCUGUGACCGUAGGUGGUACCGUAGUGUGUGUAUCCACCAAGACGCAGCCAGUGACGGCUCAGUCGAUCUCGGAAGCAGAGUAUAUGGCAGCCGGGGAGGGCGUGAAGGAGGCGAUGUUUGUGCGUGGCGUUCUGUCGUUCAUAGCGCCCGAGACGAGUGGGGCGAAGAUCAAGGUCCUUGAGGACAGCAAGGGGGCUCUCGCCUUAAUCGAGAACCCGUUCAGCUCAGCGAGGAGCAAGCAUAUCGACGUGCGGUUCCAUUUCAUUCGCGAGCUACUCAAGUCGGGCAAGAUCACUGCAGAGUAUGUUCCGACUGGAGUACACCACGCCGACAUGCUGACCAAGGUCCUUGGCAGAGAUAACUUAGAGUACCACCGGAAGGCUCUGAUGAACCUACCGAUGUAG